AUGCACUGUAGGCAUCACAAGGUGCCAUGGAGGUUGUUGAAAAGGGAUUCACCGGAGGUGAAGAAAAGGGUUUCCGUGUGCCCUGAACCUACUUGUUUACACCAUGACCCUUUCCACGCGCUUGGAGAUCUCGUCGGGAUGAAAAAUCACUUUCGGAGGAAACAAAACAACAAUAAGCAGUGGGUUUGUGAGAAAUUCUCAAAGGGUUACGCUGUACAACCUGAUUACAAACUUUUGGAGAAAAUGCACAUGAAUCGAACUGAAAAUUAA